CAAUGACCCGCUUCAACCUCUCUCAUACGUUGAGGGAAAACAAUACAAGUCUAUGACCAUCUUUUUUGGAGUUUGACUUUCUCCACUCGAUCUCAACAUCACGAUACAAUCUCCCGAGGAAUCAGUGAUGGCGGGCCUGCUGGAUUCAGAGGUUCAAUUGGCUACAAACGAAGGUCGUACUUUGAACCAAAAUCAAAUUCCCGAUGAUAGUGCGAUUGACGUCCCUAGUCAUGCAUAUGAUGCUUUGGCCCGUAGUGAAUCAAGAAAAAGGAGAAAUAUAAAGUGGACGUUGUUACUCGGCAGUUUCAUUUUUGAGGGUUUAUCUUUAGCAUUUGAUCAGUUAAGCUCGUCAAAAAAGCCAAUCUAUGCGUUUAUGUCAAUGAUAACGGCUUCAUUGGGGUUGGUCAUAUCAAUCAUUGAGCUUUCUUAUAGAGUUCGAGAGAAUGAUAUGAUCAUUUCGCGACUCCUUGGAGAUGCAUCGGGAAAUUUUGGAUUUUUUGGCUCAAUUUGGCAAUGCGUUAAUGCGGUAGUGCAAUAUGUUUAUCUGUACGAGAAGAAGGUCAACAACCCCAUCAAAAUAUCUGUCCUACCUCUAAUCUUCUUAAUAUGUGCUGCAAUCUCUAAAUUAUACAAAAAAUACUGUGGUGAAUCUAGUACUCCACGACAUUCAUACAAAACAGGAGAGUCCUCUGUGGAUGUUUCAAGGAUGACCACUUUGUCAAGAGUUGAGUCUUCAAUCUCCCAGGGAAAUGCCAGGGCAAUUGAGGAGACUGAACCGUUGGUGGAAGAUCAUCCUGGAGUGCUCAUCCCCACCAAAGAAUUCAGAAAUGGCACUACAGUUCACCGGCGAAUUCAGAAGAGAAGAUUAAAAAGGAAAUCUGGGAUCAAGAGGCUAAGAGCAUUGAAAGCAAAAAUCAGAGACGAACAAAUAUGUGGAAAAGAAGGGCAGAAACAAGAUAGGAAAAGACAUGAAAAGAUUGUAGUGAAGGGCAAGCAACUGUGUAAAGAGAUGGAGUUGACAGCAAAGCCGAGUGCGGAUAUCCAAAUGAGACUAAAUCUAAUGUUCAGAAUAUUAAAAGCAAGAGUUGAGGAGGAUACUGCUUUGGUUGCUCAACUCACUCAGUCUCUUCGUGAUUUAAUAGCUAAGAAGAACGAGCAAAUCCAAUGAAGAAUUCUGCUUGUGUGGGCUUGUAUCUGUUUAGAAGGAAAAGAGAGCAUGUGUGUGGCAUCGAGUGAGAUUGAUAUAAAGAGAACUCUGUUCUAUCCUAAUUAUCUUGUGUUCAUUUCUCUAGUGUUUUCUUCUUUCAAUUAUAAGUCUUUAUGUAGAGAAACUUGAGAUUGUAAUUGUCUCUGUUUUACUAGAACUUAUUGAUGAAGUAGUGAUAAAAUACAUAUUGUGACCAAGAGUGUCUUUAGCCCUUUCUCAUUUAUAUAUAUCAUUAUUUGUCCUUUGUUUUC